AUGGAGCAUUCUUCCCCUCAGCGACGGCGCAGCUUCAAGAUCAAGACGAGAUUUGGCGCUGCUCGGCAAUGGAGAAGCCGGAAGAAUCCGCCUUGUGAUGCGUGCCGGCGGCGAAAGACAGCUUGUAUCAUCGAGACAAGCCCGCCAUGUCGAUUUUGUCGAUCCAAAGGCCAGGCCUGCAAGUCGACGGAUCGCGAUGUCAGUGGACUGUUAUUGCGCCAGAGGCGAGUGACACCGGCCGACUUUGAGCCCGAUAAGGAAAUAGAUGUAGAUGUCACUGAUAGUCCCACCGUCGACACGAGUCAUCUUAGUGUACCAUCUUUGCUAUCGCCAGUCAUAGAACAAGUACACUCUGUUCUAGCGACGCCGCUAACGGCAUCGAUAUCUUCUCCACCGGGCGGCAGCCGCAGUACAUCGGUGCCAGUUUCACAGGCCUCAUCUUCAACCGGAACAUACAUCCUGACCUCCAAUUCCAUUAGUGAAGAUGUACCAACGGUCGAUACCCUCGAAGAUAACUACAAUCGGACCGCGCACUCCAUGGGCCUCGCUGCUGAACAGGACACAGACUUGCUCGCUUCCUUUCGGUCCUACAUCACGAACGAAAAGGACGGCCUGAGCUCAGACGUCAUUCAGGCUACCCCUGGUGGCCUGGAAGUCGGUUCAUUUCCUGUACAUUUUAACCUGUUGGUAGACGAGUUCCAGCCAGCGGAUGACCGGGCCAAACUUAGGAUAUCAGAGACUAUUGAAGCCAUGGUGGCACCACAUGCCUUGAGCUUAAUCCGGCUGUUCUUCAAACACGUUCAUCCUGUUUACUGUGUCGUUUCAAAAGCUCGCUUUCUCAAGGCAUAUUCUGAGAACAGGCAGAAAGUCCCUGCAUCUCUGCGUGGGGCUGUCUACGGGCUUGGGUCGAUGUUCUGGCAACAUGACCCGGACGUAAAAGGCAACUUGGAGUUCGACUUGCAUGACCUGUUUGAGGCAGCCCAUGCGUCUCUGCAGCGCGAGUUCCACGCUCCAAAUCUUUGGGGAAUGCAAGCAUGCCUGCUUUUGCUCUAUGAACGAGCUGCGGAUAACGCGACAAUCGAAACCCCACGAACCUGGGUAUUUUCUUCCCAUAUUGUUGCCUGUGCGCAGAUGGUCGGACUGCAUCGGGAUUCAACCACAUGGCACCUCGUACAAGGGGAGAAGAAACUCCGGAGGAAACUGUGGUGGGCAACUUACAUGACUGACAUUUGGUCUUCAAUAUGUCAUGGGAAUCCUCCGCUUGUAUAUCCAGGCUCGUUUACUACAAGCCCCCCCGAGAUAGACGAUCUUGCCUUCGACGAAGACGUCCCCGCAGAUAUUCAGGACAUGGUGGAUGUUUCCAGCCGGACUUUUGAUAUCUCCACCAGCGCUCGAUUCUUGGAGAUGGUCAAACUGAGUCAGAUUUUGCACGAGCUGAUCCACUCCUACUUUCUUGACAUCAGUUACCAGAAGACGGUCAGUGAGCCUCAGGUCCGGGAGGCUAAUCUUUUGGGUGUCAGGAGGGAGCUCAAGACUUGGUCGUCAAUGGUGCCCAAUUGCGUGACAAUGGCAUAUACGGUUGACACAAAUAUCUCCCGAAAUAAUGCACCACUGAAUUUGGCAUACUAUGCUGUCCAAGCCCUACUUUUCCGAGCACUCAUGAGCCCUGCCAGGAUGUCCGCCAAGUCAGAUCCGAAUUCAUCCCUCUGUCGCUACUUUGACCAGGCGGUGGCCGAAUUUCGCAACUUUACCCUCUUCAUGGACAAAAUUACUCGGGCUUGUCUUCAUGCUUUUUGGGGUGGUCAUGCCCGCUCUCAGCUCACACUUUGUGGAAACUUUUUGAUCUACCUCUUCCUUCUAGCUCCAAGCCCGGGACAAGUUCACGUCGCAUUUGAGCUUCUAGGAAAAUUUCAUGAGUCACUUCAAAGGCUUCGGGAAUGGGCAGACGACGAUGCGUCCCUUGCACUUUUACGACCGGUUGCCCUCCGGAUAGAUUCAUUCUUUCUACAUGCUGCACGAAUAAUGAGAAAUGGAAUGGGAGGUGCCAUUUCUGUGUGA